AAACAAUGUGAAGACAAAUGUUGUUGUCUCAUAUAUGCAAUUUUGCUGAAGAACUUUAUCAUAAAAGUUAAGACAAACAUGUCGAAACUGGGUCAACACCCAGAUCUUGAGAUUUCCCAAAUUAACCAUUUAUUUAAAGAACAAGCAGGAAUUCAAAACACAAUCCAGUCUGAGUCAUUUUUAAGCCUGUGUUUUGUACAUACCUUUUGAGGAAACUUAAAUUAAUAAGUUAAUUAACUUGAGGAAUGGGGAGGUGGAGGCUGGUCCCCUAAUGAAGUUCUCCCUUGGGUCUCAAAAACCCUUGGAGCGGCUCUGUUUCUUAAAGUCUAUAUCUUUAACUCACAAAAAACUGUUUAACUACAAGAAUGGUUCCUUUACUCUUACGAAAUACUGAAGGAACAAAUGGACCAAUAGUUUUUGUUUUGGACUUUUUUGGGGGGGGGUCAGCCAUUCAUCCGGAAUGGAGUCGCCCUCUGUCUUUAUGGAAAUGCUCAGUUGGAUUCAUCAAAAACAAAACAAAAAAAAAACAAAGACGAUGGUAAAAUUCAGAGAGCUUCUAUGUUUCUUUGUGCUGUGAUGGAUGGGUUUUGCUGUAAACCUUCAACAAAGAGUACAGACACAAGGCGAGAUAGUUCCGCCUUAAAAGCUGUGUGCAUCUGUUUUGUUGGACGGAGGCGCCAUCUUCAGUCCACCUUAAGCGCACAAUGUGGCCAACGAACGCUGGAGUUCCUACAGGGCUACGGCAAGCAGUUUGUGUAAAUAUUUCACAUCCCUAAGACAUAGUUAUUGUCUGCUAGUUUGCAACAGCUGUAGUUCAACGUGCCCUCAUACUAAUUAAUUAGUUGUGCUUCAUUUGUCCCUAAUUUAAAAAAAAAUCUAAAGCACACCGUUAGUGAUAUAUAACAAUAUAUACACCAAAAAUGAUUUUAGAUUUGUCAAAUCCCAGAGAAUCUCAGUUUUGAGAAGUUAGAAGUAAGCUUCUCAUGGGUUAAUUCCCAACAUUUGGGUUAUGCAGAGAAACAUCUGUGGAUGCAAUUUAAGGUAGCACUUAAAACAGUUUGUGUCCUUGAGUGACAUCACAGGAAAAUCUUAAGCAAUCAGACAUGGUAUUAGAGAAUUGUGGAUCUACAGGAAUCCACAAUGUGAAUGUGCGACUGUGGCGCAGGAAGUCUAACAUGUGGUGGAAGACCUUGGAGUCAGAAGACCUGCAGUGCAGGAACUUGGACUCUGCAGGCUGGUGGUGCAAAAGUCUGAAGGGCUGCGGCUGCUGUGACAUGGCCAAUUAGGUGGCCAGCACCGAUGGUAGAGCAACCUGAGGUGCUGACAUAUAUGCCUUGAAAAGCCCUGACGAUGGCCAGUGAUGAGGAACCUUGGGGACCCAUUGGCAUCAGCUGAGGAACUUGGUUGGUGGUGGUUGAGGAACAACCAAUGAGCUGGUGGAAGAACAGCUGAGUGUCUGGAGAGGCGGAUGGUAUCCAGGUGCUUAGGGGCUGCAGGCUGGCAGUGGCAGGUGAAAGCGUGGUCUGGAAGCUGGCGGCGGUGAAGAGGCUGGACCUGAGGCUGGAUACGAUAAGGUCUGGAAGCUGCAGAUCUGUGAUGCAGGAGCUGGGAAUCUGGAAGCCUGCAGUGCUGAAGGUCUGGAGGAUUGUGAUGUGGUUGGUGACCCUGAAGAGGAAAAAGCACCUGUCACUUUGCUCCUCACACACCUAGGCCUGGAGCAGUAAGCAAUUAAAUGCACGAUGAAUUAAAACAAGCUCAAUAAUUGCCAUUUGCGUGAUUUAUCGUUUUUCUCUUUUCUCUCUUUCUCUUUUUCUACCCAAAACUGGAUGACAAAAAUCUUCAGUCUGGUGCUUUGGUCUCAAUUAGCCCUUUUUGAAGAACAAAUUUGCUUACAGAGACGUCAUAAUUCAUUUUACUUGUUGUUUUAUUUAUUUAUGUUAGAUAUUUAAAAUGUCUUUCAAUCUCCCUGUUAAAUGUCUAUUAGAAUCUUUAAGAAUGUCUUCUUGCAUUGUAUGCCAUCGUUACCAUGGUAUGACUUGAAAAUAGUCUCAAAAGAACAAUAUUAUCGUUUAUCGCAAUGACCUCUGGGACAAUUUAUUUGUCACCGUGACAGGCACACCUGAAUUUGCCACUUUGAGGCAAAUAAAGAGUAAAUCUAUUCUAUUCUUCGUCAAAGAUACGGAAUAUUUACAGCAACGGCUUGCCAUAGUCUUCCGUCCUCAGUUCUCCAGCCAGAGAGGGGGGUGGGGGGCACCGCCGCACUUUGGCUUCCCAGCUCUGACACAGCGUCACCGGUGAAACAAGAAGACGCACUCUCGGGCCGAGCCCCGUCCGCACCCACAAAGGAGAGAAGAUGUCCGAGCCCAACAAGUACCGAGAGUGGAUCCUGGAAACUAUCGACUCUCUGCGUUCGAGGAAAGCCCGUCCGGAUCUAGAAAGGAUUUGUCGAAUGGUCCGGAGGCGACACGGGUCAGACCCAGACCGAACCAGGACGGAGCUGGAAAAACUCAUCCAGGAGCAGACGGUGCUCAAAGUUAGCUACAAGGGAUCGAUAUCGUACCGAAACGCGGCCAAGGUGCAGAGGAAAAGCAGAAAACGGAGCGAGUUCGGCGGCGGCGCGGAUGCACCGAGGGAGCGGACCAAACCCGAUCGUCCGAACAACAACAACGGCGACAGCGCGCACAGCUUCACCGACCCGGAGGAGGGCGAGACGGAGCCGGAUCCCCGCGCCGAAACAUCAGUCAGCAGUCGAAACAAAAAGCUCCAGCCUGCCUCCAGCCCGGGUAGCGGAAACGCGUGCCUCAGUUGUGGCGCAACAACGAGCUGCGCUGUCGGGAGCGGCUGUGAAGAGGAGAAAGCAAGUGCACCGAGAGACAAGGGAUUAGGACAGCAGGGAGCGGGGGGCUGCCUGCCGCUCGGCGCGGGCACCGGAGACCGGAGUGAGGAUGUUCCAUCCGGCGGAGGAAAGAAGUCCGGUCUGUCUGGAGCUGACACCCGAAGCCAAACUUACUCCGGGAGCGACAGCCAAGCCCAGACACAGAGGCAGACCGAGUCUGGCCAGCCCAAACUUCGACUCGGAGGAGGAACCACCAAAGCAGCGCACCGCCACGCCAACUCCGAGCUGCGCGAACUGGCAGCUCUGUCCGAGAAGCCCCUCCGAGCGCCAGGAGGUGGAGGUGGGGGUUCCGCCGCCGCGACCCGAGGCCACGUGAAGCCGCUGGGCUUGAAGGAGAUCCUGGGCUACCUGAGCAGCCAGGAGCGGCUGUCGGAGGAGAAGCUGACCCGAGGCAAAGUCAAAGUGGUGAUGGAGAGAGAGGUGGAGAGGGGCAGGCUGCGCAGGACGCGCUGCGGGAACAUCACUCUUCCUCUACGGGGGAUGGAGCCGGACGAGCCCGAGCCGAGUGAUUCGUCCGCCGACAGACUUGCGAGAAGCGCACUGCAGGACAAACGCGCAGCGAAAAAGUCCCCACCUCCAGCCCGUCUGGAGAGCGAGCCCAUGGAAACCGGCGAGGAGGAAGAGGAGGGCCAGGGAGGAGAGGAGGAAGAGAAAGACAAUGAUGAUGAUCCCAGGAGUUCUGAUGAGGAUGGAGGACUUUCCCCGGUAGCCAUGACAACCGAGGCUGGACUUGCUGAGAAAAUGGGAGAAGAUGCGAUCUUUCAGAGGGAGCUGCAGGAGGAGAGCCCUCAGCGGCAGAGGAAGGAUGGAAAAGGGAAGUGUGAGCUUGAUUUUCCUCCAGAGUCCCGGUCUCCACCUACCGACGGAGCCUCGUGGUCUGAGUGUAACGGUGCCUGCUCCGAGGAGGGAGCUUUCUCCUCAGACCACCUGGGCUACACACACCACAAUGAAAUAAACCUCACCGCCUCGAGCUUUCGCAACUUAGAGUAUAAAACAGAGAUCGGCGCUUCGUCCUGCAUGCUCACUCCUACCGCAUCCCCGAGGGACUCCAGCCUCCCCGAAGAACGAGGCGCUAGCGACAGCAGUGGAGGGCACAUGAAGUUUGGCAGCACCAGAGUAAGCCCGGUGGACUGGACCGUGUCUGACGUGGUCAGUUAUUUCACAGCGGUGGGUUUCCCCGAGCAGGCGGCAGCCUUCAGGACACAGGAAAUCGACGGGAAGUCUCUCCUCCUCAUGCAGCGCAACGACGUUUUGACCGGCCUGUCGAUCAAACUCGGACCCGCCCUCAAGAUCUACGAGCGUCACGUCAAGGUUCUGCAGAAAACACACUUUGAGGAGAAUGACUGCUACGAAGAUGCAAAAGAUACACUCAGACUGUUAUGUUAACAUCUAAAUAUAGCUCAAGUAGUAAAAAAAAAAAAAAAAAAGCAUGUCUUUACAUAAGGUAAUAUAAGUUUUGAGAAAAGCAUCAAGCAAACAUGGCUCAGCUUUUGUUUAGUCUGUGUAGGAAUUUCGCAGGAUUUUCUAGGAGGACUUUUCUACUGAAUGAAGCACAAAUGAUGGCCCCCCCAAAAAAGUAGAAUAUGAGAACAUUUUCGUAUGAAUAGAUCAAACACAAAAAGGCAUUUUAUUUUAUUUUUUAAAAUUGCAGCACUUUUUUUUAUUAUUAUUAAUCUGUGUAAGAUAGUUUGUGUUUUUGUGCUGUGUCUUAAGUGCAUUGCCUCAGAAUUCAUGUUACGUUUAAAUUUUAGGUCUGUGGUAAAACAACUUCAUGCUUCUAGGUUUGAUUCUUCUUCAUAUGGAAGAAAUGUAGUGGAAAAAAAAUAGCAGCUUAGAUAGAAGAUUUUUUUUAUACACACUGAAGCUGGACUGAAGCGUUACGAUUACGUAAUUUGUGUUUAUGUCGACCCAGAACUCAUCAACACAACCAGCCAGUGUUUUCUCUGAGUUUUUUUAAAGGUUAUUAUUUGAGGGUUGAUGUUCUUCAUCUGUAGCCUAAAGCGUCACAUGAACAGCUGGCAAUUAAAGGUCCAUAAUGUGUCCAGAUAGAAUUUGCUCUGGUCAAUUGGGCCUUUUGGAUUCUGACGUCAGGAAUCGUUUUUGCAAAUGUACUCUUUUGCCAAAAGCCUUGGUAUAACUUUGAUAUUUGACUAGGAUCUAAAUUAAGUUUCUAUAUGCAAAAAAGGAGAAAAAAAUUGCUUCAAAUUAGUUGUUUUUCUGUUUUUGCUGUUGUGUCUGGGCUGCACAGCACACCGAAAAAACCCAUUAGACAUGUUAAAACUAAACAACAUAAAAAAAAUACCACAACCUGCGGUUCAUUAAAUGUAGCUAAAAAAGCAGCAUUGCAGGAAACUAAAGCUUGACUUCCAAGUGUAAAAGUUAUUGCUUAGUCCAAAACAGAUUGAACUGAUUUUUUUAAACAAAUCAUCAGAACUGAAUGAUUUCCAUGGAAGCAGUGUUGUCAUGUUCCAGUCCUCAAAUGUCCGCAUGUCUUAAAUGCUCACCUGGCUAAACAUUUGAUUUAAACAAAUGAGUCUUUAUUAAGCCUUUGCAGAACUGGAUGUAGAGGUAAUUAAGCCACUUUUCCCUGAGGGCUGGAUUUGGACUUAUCUAAAGAACCAAGAGUAAUAACACAAAGUCUCUGCAGCAGCAAACCGAUCUAGAAAAAUCCAUUUUCAGGGACUGAGCUAAUAUUUUCUGUUUGUCUCAUUUUUUUGAAUUUACAUGCAUGCAAAACUCUUCAUGUAGCAAAGAAAACGGCGGUCCCACAGCAGCUAAACGAACUGAAAUCUGCUCAUGUUCAGCACAAUCCUUCGUCUUCGUCAGUCGGUUCUUGAAAGCGUCACAAAGGAAAAUUUUUGCAUAAGUAUGAGUUACACGUCCAACCCACAUUUAUUUAGUUGUUUAUGUUUAUUUUGGCUAAAAAAUCAAAUAAAAUUUAAAAAAGAGCCAAAUUACGUUAUAGUAUGUAAGUGUGAGCUUCUUUUGGUCUAACUGAACUCUGAUUGCUGGAAUUUGAACAUGGUGGAUAUUUAUAAGUUUGCAUACAGAGAACAGCGAUCAGUUUACAUGUACCAUGAAAAUGCACCAAAACCAGCAGAAUACUGUAUACAUAUUUACAUUCUAAAAUCCUCAUUGGACAAUAGAAUAUCAGUGAGGCAAUCAAAUAUUAAAAUGCGUUUUUACACUCUGGGUGACGUCAUGUGAGCAGAAAACGCAUUUCCUCAGCACCCAUUCUAAGUUUUCCUUUAAAACUUUCUUGCUUUAUUUGUCUUUUUUUUACACAUUGGUUUGCUUUGGCAAUAAUGUCUCCUGAGACGUGUUCCUGUUUGUGCAUUUGAACUUUCUCUACCUCUUGCUUUAUGCGUCGAUGUUGUUAUGUUUCGAUAUCAAAAUGUUUUCUGUCACUUCACCUUUUUGAUGAGAGGAACCCGUUUGGAGAGAACAGCUGCGUUUCAGACUGUAGAAAAUGGUUGAUUUUCCUGUCAUUUGUUACUUGUUACAGAACAAUUUUAGUAAAUAAAAGCCAAAAAAUUAAAAUAUUAAAGCAAAACAUA